AUGGGUACAUCAAAUACGUUCGAACGCACAGUUCGAAAAUCCUCCCUUAAACAUAUUUCGCAAACUUCUGAUUUGCUGACCUUAUACUAUCUCAUUCAGAUGGAUGGCAAUUUCGAGAACAAGUUUAAGCAUUUGGUGAAGGCUGAAAGCAAGGGAAUGGCCCUGAAGCUGGUGGGAUUCUACGCCGUCGGAUGGACUCUGCGCAAGUUGGUCAAGUGAAGCGGUUGUGCCCAGUCUCAAGGAUUCCUACAAGUCCCCUGAUAGUUGAAUGUCCUUCGUUUCUGUUCUGUAGCUAUUUUAAAAUUGAAUGUACGAAUAAAUAUCACAUACCUCAAUA